GCGAGAGGGAAGAAACAAGAUGGCGGCUGAAGGCGAUCCGGAGUGGGGCCCCAGCAAUUCGGAUUGAGCCUUCUCCCUCCACCCGCUUCCGCCGGCCGGGCCCCUCCCGCCCGGCCCCGCGGGCCUCCCCACCCGGCCCCGGCGCCCCCCACCGCCACCCCUCCGCCCGCCCCUCCCCCCUCCGCUUUCCCUUCUCCCCCCGCCUCGGCUCCGACAUGAGGGGCCGGCGGGGCAGGCCGCCCAAGCAGCCCGCGGCUCCCGCUGCGGAGCGCUGCACCCCGGCCCCGCCGCCGCCGCCGCCGCCUCCGCCCACGUCCGGACCCAUCGGGGGGCUCCGCUCGCGGCACCGCGGCAGCAGCCGGGGCAGGUGGGCCGCCGCCCAGGCUGAGGUGGCGCCCAAGACGCGGCUGAGCUCGCCCAGGGGGGGCAGCAGUAGCCGGAGGAAGCCGCCGCCGCCGCCGCCGCCGCCGCCGGCCCCCCCCAGCACCAGCGCCCCGGGCCGGGGGGGGCGAGGAGGCGGGGGCGGCAGGACGGGGGGCGGGGGCGGCGGCGGCCACCUGGCCCGGACCACCCCGGCCCGGAGGGCCGUCAACAAAGUGGUGUACGAUGACCACGAGAGCGAAGAGGAGGAGGAGGAGGAGGAGGACAUGGUCUCCGAGGAGGAGGAGGAGGAGGAGGAGGACGGCGACGCCGAGGAGACCCAAGAUUCCGAGGACGACGAGGAGGAUGAGAUGGAGGAGGACGACGAUGAUUCCGAUUAUCCGGAGGAGAUGGAAGACGACGACGACGACGCCAGUUACUGCACGGAAAGCAGCUUCAGGAGCCAUAGCACCUAUAGCAGCACUCCAGGUAGGCGAAAACCGAGAGUACAUCGGCCUCGUUCUCCGAUAUUGGAAGAAAAAGACAUCCCGCCCCUUGAAUUUCCCAAGUCCUCUGAGGAUUUAAUGGUGCCUAAUGAGCAUAUAAUGAAUGUCAUUGCCAUUUAUGAGGUACUGCGGAACUUUGGCACCGUUUUAAGGUUGUCUCCUUUUCGCUUUGAGGACUUCUGCGCGGCUCUGGUGAGUCAGGAGCAGUGCACGCUUAUGGCGGAAAUGCACGUCGUGCUCUUGAAAGCGGUUUUGCGCGAAGAGGACACUUCCAAUACUACCUUCGGACCUGCUGAUCUGAAAGACAGCGUUAAUUCCACGCUCUAUUUCAUCGACGGGAUGACGUGGCCGGAGGUGCUGCGGGUGUACUGUGAGAGCGAUAAGGAGUACCAUCACGUUCUUCCUUACCAAGAAGCAGAGGACUAUCCCUAUGGACCAGUAGAGAACAAGAUCAAAGUUCUGCAGUUCUUAGUCGAUCAGUUUCUUACCACCAACAUUGCGCGGGAGGAGUUGAUGUCUGAAGGGGUGAUCCAGUAUGACGACCACUGUCGGGUUUGCCACAAACUUGGGGAUUUGCUUUGCUGCGAGACGUGCUCGGCUGUGUACCAUUUGGAAUGUGUGAAGCCGCCUCUCGAGGAGGUGCCGGAGGACGAGUGGCAGUGUGAAGUCUGCGUAGCGCAUAAGGUGCCUGGUGUGACCGACUGUGUCGCCGAAAUCCAAAAAAACAAACCGUACAUUCGACACGAACCUAUUGGCUAUGACCGAAGUCGAAGGAAAUACUGGUUCCUAAACCGGAGACUCAUAAUAGAAGAAGAUACAGAAAAUGAAAAUGAGAAGAAAAUUUGGUACUACAGCACAAAGGUCCAACUUGCAGAAUUAAUUGACUGUCUAGAUAAAGAUUACUGGGAAGCAGAACUCUGCAAAAUCCUGGAAGAAAUGCGUGAAGAAAUCCACCGACACAUGGACAUAACUGAAGACUUGACCAAUAAGGCUCGGGGCAGUAACAAAUCCUUUUUGGCGGCAGCUAAUGAAGAAAUUUUGGAAUCCAUAAGAGCCAAAAAAGGAGACAUUGAUAUUGUUAAAAGCCCAGAAGAAAUAGAAAAGGACAAGAAUGAGACUGAGAAUAAUAACUCCAAAGAUGCUGAGAAAAGCAGAGAGGAGUUUGAAGACCAGUCCCUUGAAAAAGAUGGUGAUGACAAAGCACCAGAUGAUGAUCCUGAGCAAGGAAAAUCCGAGGAGCCAACAGAAGUUGGGGAUAAAGGUAACUCUGUGUCAGCAAAUCUUGGCGACAACACAACAAAUGCUUCUCCAGAAGAGACUAGUCCCUCUGAAGGGAGGAGUCCCGUGGGGUGUCUCUCAGAAACCCAUGAUAGCAGCAACAUGGCAGAGAAGAAGGUGGCAUCUGAGCUCCCCCAGGACGUGCCAGAAGACCCUAACAAGACCUGUGACAGCAGUAACACUAGUGCUACCACUACCUCCAUCCAGCCUAAUCUGGAAAACAGUAACAGCAGCAGUGAACUAAAUUCUUCCCAGAGCGAAUCUGCUAAGGCAGCUGAUGAGCCUGAAAAUGGAGAAAGAGAGUCUCAUACACCUGUCUCUAUUCAAGAAGAGAUAGGUGAUUUCAAAUCAGAGAAGUCUAAUGGAGAAAUAAGUGAGUCUCCUGGAGCUGGAAGAGGGACAUCUGGGUCAACUCGAAUUAUCACCAGAUUACGGAAUCCAGACAGCAAGCUGAGUCAGCUGAAGAGCCAACAGGUGGCUGCUGCAGCCCAUGAAGCGAAUAAAUUAUUUAAGGAGGGCAAAGAGGUACUGGUAGUUAACUCUCAAGGAGAAAUUUCACGGUUGAGCACCAAAAAGGAAGUGGUCAUGAAAGGAAAUAUCAACAAUUAUUUUAAGUUGGGUCAAGAAGGGAAGUAUCGAGUCUACCACAAUCAGUACUCCACCAAUUCAUUUGCUUUGAAUAAGCACCAGCACAGAGAAGAUCAUGAUAAGAGAAGGCAUCUUGCACAUAAAUUCUGUCUGACUCCAGCAGGAGAGUUCAAAUGGAAUGGUUCUGUCCAUGGGUCCAAAGUUCUUACCAUAUCUACACUGAGGCUGACUAUCACCCAACUGGAAAACAAUAUCCCUUCAUCCUUUCUUCAUCCAAAUUGGGCUUCACACAGGGCGAAUUGGAUCAAGGCAGUUCAGAUGUGUAGCAAACCCAGAGAAUUUGCAUUGGCUUUAGCUAUUUUGGAGUGUGCGGUUAAGCCUGUUGUGAUGCUGCCAAUAUGGCGAGAAUCUUUAGGACACACCAGGUUACACAGAAUGACAUCAAUUGAAAGAGAAGAAAAGGAGAAAGUCAAGAAAAAAGAGAAAAAACAAGAAGAGGAAGAAACGAUGCAACAAGCCACGUGGGUAAAAUAUACAUUUCCAGUUAAACAUCAGGUUUGGAAACAAAAAGGAGAGGAAUACAGAGUUACGGGAUAUGGUGGUUGGAGCUGGAUUAGUAAAACUCAUGUUUAUAGGUUUGUUCCUAAAUUGCCAGGCAAUACUAAUGUGAAUUACAGAAAGUCAUUAGAAGGAACCAAAAAUAAUGUGGAUGAAAAUAUGGAUGAAUCAGAUAGAAGAAAAAGUCCACGAAGUCCAAAAAAAAUAAAAACAGAGCCUGAUUCUGAGAAAGAUGAGGUAAAAGAUUCAGAUGCUACAAAAGGAGCAGACCAAAGUGAAAUGGAUGUUUCCAGGAUUGCUGAGAAGAAGGACCAAGAUGUAAAAGAAGUUUUAGAUUCUGACAAUGAUAAAUCCUUUAAGGAAGAACCAAUGGAAAUAGAUGAUGAUGUGAAAACAGAGCCACAUAUAAAUUGUCAGGAAAGUUCUCAAGUAGAUGUGGUCAAUGUCAGUGAGGGUUUUCAUCUAAGGACUAGUUAUAAAAAGAAAAUUAAAUCAUCCAAACUAGAUGGACUUCUUGAAAGGAGAAUUAAACAGUUUACACUGGAAGAAAAGCAGCGCCUUGAAAAGAUGAAGUUGGAGGGUGGAAUUAAGGGUAUCGGAAAGACCUCUACAAGUUCUCUGAAAAGUCUUUCUGAGUCUCCAGUAAUAACUAAAGCAAAAGAAGGGUGUCAAAGUGACUUGCUUAUUAAACAAGAACAAAGCCCUAAUGCAAGUAAUGAUAAAUCUGAAGAUUUGAUUCGGGGAUGUUCACAGAGCGAUUCCUCAAUUCUUGGAAUCAGUGAUCCUGAUCAUACAACAAACAAACUUUAUCCAAAAGAUCAAAUGUUAGAUGACGUCUCCAUUCAGAGUCCAGAGACAAACUGUCAGAAACAAAAUUCUGUUGGAAAUGACAUAGAUGAGAGUCUCUCUGAACCUACCAGUAAAGGCCAGGAACCUAGUAAGAUUAAAACCAAAGGAAGUGAUUUUCUCGUUGAUGACUCCAAACUAGCCAGUACAGAUGAAAUUGGUACUUUGAUCUACAAGAACAAAAAACCACUCAUACAGGAGGAUAAUGACACCAUUGUUUCUCCUUCCCAGAGCCCUUCACUUCCAUCAGUACCUAAAAGUAUCGAUGAUAGAGAUAUCCCAUCUCUGUCAAAAGCAAUGGACUUUGAAGGAAAACUGGGAUGUGACUCUGAAUAUAAUAGCACUUUGGAAAAUAGUUCUGAUACUAUGUCUAUUCAAGACAGCAGUGAAGAAGAUAUGAUUGCUCAGAAUAGCAGUGAAAGUAUUUCUGAACAGUUCAUAACUCAAGAACAAGGUAUUGAAGGCUUGGAACCAUUGAAACGUGAGUUUGUUUCAGAUCAGUCCACUGGAAACUGUGACAAGAGACCACAGAGUAAGGUAACUGAAGCAAAUGGUAAAAAAACAAGUCAAGAACAGAAAUUAGAGGAGAGAUCAGUUAAAUGUAUUGAUCAAGUCAAUCUAAAAAGUAGCACUGACAAAAAGAAUAAUGAAAAUCGAGAGUCUGAAAAGAAAGGACAGAAAGCGAGUACCUUUCAAAUAAAUGGAAAAGAUAAUAAAUCUAAAGUAUAUUUGAAAGGGGAAUGCUUGAAAGAAAUCUCUGAGAGUAAAGUAGUAAGUGGCGAUGUUGAACCAAAGCUUAAUAAUAUAAGUAAAAUAAUUCCUGAAAAUGAUAUUAAGUCUUUGACCAUUAAAGAAUCUGCUGUAAAGCCAUUCAUGAAUGGUGAUGUCAUCAUGGAAGAUUUUAAUGAAAAAAACAACGUGGAAACAAAAUCAUGUUUACUGAGAUCUUCUGAUGCUGGAGGUGACUACCAGGAUGGCCUAGAGACCCUGCCUUCAACCAAAGAGUCUGAGAGUAUACAUACUACCACACCUCCACUGUCUUGUCCAGAAAGCAGUUCAACAAAUCAGGUAGAAGAUAUGGAAAUUGAAACCUCAGAAGUUAAGAAAGUUACUCCCUCACCUGUUACUUCUGGAGAGGAAUCUAACCUCAGUAAUGAUUUUGUUGAUGAAAAUGGGCUGCCUACCAGCAAAGAUGAAAAUGUCAACGGAGAGUCUAAGAGGAAAACCGUCAUCACAGAAGUCACCACUAUGACAUCCACGGUGGCCACGGAAUCAAAAACCGUAAUCAAAGUAGCAAAAGGUGAUAAGCAGACUGUGGUCUCUUCCACAGAAAACUGUGCCAAAUCCACUGUCACGACCACCACUACAACGGUAACAAAGCUUUCCACACCCUCCACGGGCAGCAGCGUGGACAUCAUCUCUGUGAAGGAGCAAAGCAAAACUGUGGUCACCACAACAGUGACAGACUCACUGACCACUGCAGGAGGCACUCUGGUAACAUCUAUGACCGUGAGCAAAGAAUAUUCCACAAGGGACAAAGUGAAACUCAUGAAGUUUUCAAGACCCAAGAAGACUCGUUCAGGUACUGCUCUGCCAUCCUAUAGAAAAUUUAUCACCAAGAGCAGCAAGAAGAGCAUAUUUGUGUUGCCUAAUGAUGACUUAAAAAAGUUGGCCAGAAAAGGAGGAAUCCGAGAAGUCCCUUAUUUUAAUUACAAUGCAAAACCUGCCUUGGAUAUAUGGCCGUAUCCUUCUCCUAGACCAACCUUUGGUAUCACUUGGAGGUAUAGACUUCAGACUGUAAAGUCCUUAGCUGGAGUGAGCCUUAUGUUACGGUUACUGUGGGCAAGCUUGAGAUGGGAUGACAUGGCAGCCAAGGCUCCUCCAGGAGGAGGGACCACACGGACAGAAACCUCUGAAACUGAAAUCACAACGACAGAGAUAAUUAAGAGGCGAGAUGUUGGUCCUUAUGGCAUUCGAUCUGAAUAUUGUAUCCGGAAAAUCAUUUGCCCCAUUGGAGUUCCAGAAGCACCAAAAGAAACACCUACACCUCAGAGAAAAGGCCUUCGAUCGAGUGCAUUGCGGCCAAAGAGACCAGAAACGCCCAAGCAAACUGGCCCUGUUAUUAUCGAAACUUGGGUAGCAGAGGAAGAGUUGGAAUUAUGGGAGAUCAGGGCAUUUGCUGAAAGAGUGGAGAAAGAGAAGGCACAAGCAGUUGAGCAACAGGCUAAGGUUAGUGAACAGAAGAAGGCAGAGGACUUCAAGGCCCAAAUGGAGGCUCACCUCAAACAGCAGCGCUUGGCUGCCCGGCAGAAACGAUUGGAACAGCAGAAGCCUACAGCAAUUGCAGCUUCCACCACUUCCCCAACGAACAGUACGACUAGUACCAUCUCCCCAGCGCCGAAAGUGAUGGUGGCCCCCAUAAGUGGCUCCGUUACAACCGGAACUAAAAUGGUACUAACUACCAAAGUUGGAUCUCCAGCGACAGUGACAUUCCAGCAAAACAAGAACUUCCAUCAGACCUUCGCUACGUGGGUUAAGCAAGGCCAGUCAAACUCAGCCACCGGCACAGCUGCCACAUCUGCUACAACCAUUGCCAGCACAGGUCAGACGUUCCAAAUUACAGGCAAUCCAGUCACUAUGGCAGGAAAAGUAAUUACCAAACUGCCACUUCCUGCAAACAGCAAGAUUGUCGCUGUAAAUGUGCCAGCAACACAAGGAGGCGUUGUUCAAGUACAGCAGAAAGUCCUGGGUAUCAUUCCAUCAAGUACAGGUACAAGUCAGCAGACCUUUACUUCAUUCCAGCCCAGGACAGCAACAGUCACAAUUAGGCCCAAUACCUCAGGCUCUGGAGCAACCACAAGCACUUCACAAGUAAUCACAGGGCCUCAGAUCCGCCCUGGUAUGACGGUGAUUAGAACACCACUCCAACAGUCAACACUAGGAAAGGCAAUUAUUCGAACACCCGUGAUGGUACAGCCAGGUGCCCCUCAGCAAGUGGUGACCCAGAUCAUUAGAGGGCAACCCGUUUCCACCGCGAUCUCUACCCCUAAUGCAGUUUCCUCAGCACCAGGACAGAAAGCAUUAACUUCGGGAACAUCCAGUGCAAAUCUGCAGCCUUCACCCUCCCCGGCCCCUCGUCCCCAACAGGGACAGGUGAAGCUCACCAUGGCUCAACUCACUCAGUUAACACAGGGCCACGGCGGCAAUCAAGGUUUGACAGUAGUAAUUCAAGGACAAGGUCAAACGACUGGACAGUUGCAGUUGAUACCUCAAGGGGUGACUAUACUCCCGGGCCCAGGACAGCAGCUGAUGCAAGCUGCCAUGCCAAACGGUACUGUCCAGCGGUUCCUCUUCACACCUUUGGCCACAACAGCCACAGCGGCCAGCAGCACCACCACCACCGUUUCCACUACGGCAGCAGGUACAGGUGAACAAAGACAGAGUAAAUUAUCACCCCCGACACAGGUGCCACAAGCCAAAACCUUGCCACCAGCUCAGUCAUCAAGUGUGAGUCCUCCAGAAGCCCAGCCACAGACUGCUCAGCCUUCAGCUCAGCCCCAGCCCCAAACCCAGCCCCCGUCCCCAGCUCAGCCUGAAGUGCAGACUCAGCCUGAAGCUCAGACCCCAACAACUGUUGCAUCCCAUGUCCCUUCUGAAGCACAACCCGCCCAAGCACAGUCAUCCAAACCCCAAGUCGCAGUACAGUGUCAGCCUCAAAGUAAUGUCCAAGGACAGUCUCCUGCUCGCGUCCAAAGUCCACCACAGACUCGAAUACGUCCAUCGACUCCAUCCCAAGUGUCUCCCGGACAGCAAUCCCAGGUUCAGACUACAACCUCACAACCGAUUCCAAUUCAACCACAUACAUCUCUUCAGACACCUUCCCAGGGCCAGCCACAAUCACAACCCCAGGUACAGUCUCCAACUCAAACUCUUUCAUCAGGACAGACGUUAAACCAAGUUACUGUUUCAUCCCCAUCCCGUCCUCAGCUACAGAUACAGCAGCCGCAGCCCCAAGUCAUUGCUGUGCCCCAGCUGCAACAACAAGUCCAGGUUCUCUCUCAGAUCCAGUCGCAGGUUGUGGCUCAGAUACAGGCUCAGCAAGGUGGUGUGCCCCAGCAAAUCAAACUCCAGUUACCUAUUCAAAUUCAGCAAAGCAGUCCUGUGCAGACUCACCACAUUCAGAAUGUGGUUACAGUGCAGGCAGCCAGUGUGCAAGAGCAGUUGCAAAGGGUUCAGCAACUCAGGGAUCAGCAGCAAAAGAAGAAGCAGCAACAGAUAGAAAUUAAGCGGGAACACACUCUCCAAGCUUCUAAUCAAAGUGAAAUCAUUCAGAAACAGGUGGUGAUGAAGCAUAAUGCUGUAAUAGAACAUUUAAAGCAGAAAAAGACCAUGACUCCAGCUGAAAGAGAAGAGAAUCAAAGAAUGAUUGUCUGUAACCAGGUGAUGAAGUAUAUUUUGGAUAAGAUAGAUAAAGAAGAAAAACAGGCAGCAAAAAAACGGAAGCGCGAAGAGAGUGUGGAACAGAAACGUAGCAAGCAGAAUGCCACCAAGCUCUCCGCGCUGCUCUUCAAACACAAAGAACAACUCAAAGCGGAAAUACUAAAAAAGAGAGCGCUCCUGGACAAAGACCUACAAAUUCAAGUGCAGGAAGAGCUCAAGAGAGACCUGAGGAUUAAGAAAGAAAAAGACAUGGUGCAGGCCACAGCCGUAGCGGCUCCCUCCCCCGCAGCGCCGCCUGCGCCUCCGGCCCCUCCGCCUUCACCCCCGCCUCCGCCUCCCCCACAGCACACGGGCCCCCUGGCCACGGCCACGGCCACGCUGCCUGCCGCUUCCCAGAAGAGGAAGCGAGAAGAGGAAAGAGACUCGAGCUCCAAGUCCAAGAAGAAGAAAAUGAUCUCUACUACCUCAAAGGAAACUAAGAAGGACACAAAGCUUUACUGUAUCUGUAAAACGCCUUACGAUGAAUCUAAGUUCUAUAUUGGCUGUGAUCUUUGUACUAACUGGUAUCAUGGAGAAUGUGUUGGCAUCACAGAAAAGGAGGCUAAGAAAAUGGAUGUGUACAUCUGUAAUGAUUGUAAACGGGCACAAGAGGGCAGCAGUGAGGAAUUGUACUGUAUCUGCAGAACACCUUAUGAUGAGUCACAAUUUUAUAUUGGCUGUGAUCGGUGUCAGAACUGGUACCAUGGGCGCUGCGUGGGCAUCUUGCAGAGUGAGGCAGAGCUCAUUGACGAGUAUGUCUGUCCACAGUGCCAGUCAACCGAGGAUGCCAUGACAGUGCUCACGCCGCUAACGGAGAAAGAUUACGAGGGUUUGAAAAGGGUGCUGCGUUCUUUACAGGCCCAUAAGAUGGCCUGGCCUUUCCUUGAGCCAGUGGAUCCUAAUGAUGCACCAGAUUAUUACGGUGUUAUUAAGGAACCUAUGGACCUCGCCACCAUGGAAGAAAGAGUACAAAGACGGUAUUAUGAAAAGCUGACGGAAUUUGUGGCAGACAUGACCAAAAUUUUUGAUAACUGUCGUUACUACAAUCCUAGUGACUCGCCUUUUUACCAAUGUGCAGAAGUUCUUGAAUCAUUCUUUGUACAGAAAUUGAAAGGAUUCAAGGCUAGCAGAUUCUGAUAUCUUUAGUCUGAAUUUUUAACUGGAUCAGAACUGGAUGUUGGGGUCACUCUUUCUUUUAUUGUUCCACGUGAUUACCUAAUUCAAAAUUGCCCCCCCACAAAGUUCAUACUAGUUAAUUUAAUGUUUUAAUGUUAAAAAUAUAUGUACAGUAGUAAAUGGUUUAUUCUAGCGGCCAUGUUGAACAAUGUACUUAAGAAUUGUAAACUCCUGGAAUGCUGUAUUUAUCCACACUGCUGCAGUAGACCGCACUCUGACUUAGUCCUGGCGGCUGUGCAGGAGUGUGGUUUUUACUAACGAAAGUUGUGAAUAAAACUGUGAAACUAGAGAGGAGACUUUCUGGACUUCAAUAGAAAAAUGUGAUUUUAAUACUGCUAUUUCUUUUUUUUUAAUAUAAUUUUUUCUUCAUAUUCCCCGAAUCAAUGUAAAUAAGCAUGUACGUACACACACACACACACACACACACACACAGACACACACACGCACACACACACACGCGCACACACACACCUUUACCACAAUGGUAAUGCCUCUGUAAAUGUUUCUAUCUGUCCCAUUGGCUAAAAAUGUAUAAUCUUUAUUAGAUGAAUAUAUAUAUAUAUAUAUAUAUAUAUAUUUUAAUAAUGGCUUUUUCCAGUGAACUAUCAUGUUUCAGUGUACAGUGAAAAUUUCUAUUGUAGGUUAACAGUUUCUUACUUGUUCUCAUAUAUUUGCUUGCCAAGGGUAAAUGAAAGAACAUGGCUGCUUCUUCCCCCAGACAGACUGACCUUGGCAUCCACAUAAAGCAUCAUUGUUUUCAAAAAUGAAGGGUGCUUAAUUGUUCCCUUUUUUCUGUAUUCUGUAGGUCUCAUAACAACAAACUGCAGUCUACAGCUUCUUAAAGUUCAGCGUGUUAACCUAACAUAAAACACAGCAAGAAUCUGGUUGUCUGAACUAUUUUAAAUUAAGGAGCCAGAUGUUUUUAGUCAGGUUAUCCUGACAAGACUUGACCUAAACUUCGUUUUUAUUGGUCAUAACAGUCCAAUUAUAUUCUUGGCCAAUUUUGUCCAACGGACAAGGGAAAAGCAAAGUCAACGACACCAUUAUCUUGUCAAGAUCAAAUGGUUUUACUAUUGUGGCAGAAGCGGGAAAACUUUGUUUAUUGAGAAAAAAAAAAGAAAAAAGAAAGCAAGAAAAAAAGAUAAUAUGGGGUCAAGUGUAACUCCAUGGAAAUGCCACGUCUGCUCUUCAGUGAAGAAGCUGGUUUAGUCUCACAGAAAACUUUUGACUGUAUUUAUUUAUUGUUGCAAAAAAGACGCUUUUUUAUUGCUGCCCUCAUUUGUCAGCUAAUUAUUUUUUCUUAUAAAAUCCAGCCCCAGUUUCAUGUAAUCCGUUCUGUAUCUUAUCAUGAUUCCUGUAGGUAAAAGUACAAGACGACCUCUAGAUGUCUUUUCUUUCUAUGAAAGGAGCUGCUAUGUACACAUGUGCACACAGACACAGACACACAGACACACACACACACACACACACAACUGGGAAUCAACAAUGAGUUUAUUGUUCAUGGUAGAUAAAAAUUAAGCUUGCAUAAAGGUUGGGCUAAGUGGUCCUGGACUACAGACUCUGUUGCCUUGAAUAUAACAGUACAAUUUGUCAUUUACUCUGCACCAGGCUAAACUGAGUAAAAUCUAUUUGAAGGUAUCUUGUUUGUAAACAUUUGUCAGAUUCUAAUUUUUUUUCUUUUUGUAUUAAAAUUCAACUAUGGAUGUAUAUGAAACAAAAUAAAUGGAGAUCAUUUUUCUCCCACA